AUGUCACCUCCUCAGUUACCUCCUCACCCCAAUGUAACAUCUUCCAAUAUGAGUUUUACGCAUGUGAUGAUGAGCAAUCUUACCGCCUUGGAAGGACACUUUGUCACAACAAGCUAUAAUCCAGGAUAUAUGAUUCUCUCUUUUGUGAUCGGCUAUGUUGGAGCUUGGUCAACUAUGGAACUCAUACAUCAUAGAACCUCUUCGAAAGGACGUUACAAUUGGUAUGUUUCAAUUGUCAAUUACAAGAUAUCUCUAACCGUUUGACAGGCUCAUGCUUGUAGGCGCUUCAAUUUUGAUGGGUGGCAUAGCAACUUGGUGCAUGCACUUUGUCGGUAUUCGUGCUAUAAUUCUCGGAGACGGGCAAUCCCAAAUUCAGGUUGCAUACAGCCCGGGGUUCACUGUGCUUUCAUUUUUCCUUCCCAUGCUUCUUGUGAUGCUUGCAUUCUGGACCGCUGGACCGAAUGAGACAGUGAGCAUAUCGCGUGUGUGCUUGGGUGGAACACUUGCUGGCUUGGGGUUCUGCAUUUCGAAUUACCUGGGACAAGCCGGUAUCUCGAAUUAUGCGUGCUUCUACAUUGUUGGUUACUUCAUUGCUUCGGCCGCCAUAUCGAUUCUUGCAAGUGUCACUGCGCUCGGAGUCUUAUUACAUUUUCGAGCAACAUGGAGAAUCUUCUGGUGGAAGAGAGCUAGCUCUGCCGCCAUAUUUUCAAUUGGAAUUGCGGCAGCAAACUGGUUCAGCAUUUGCGGCACAGAAUAUCAAUUGAAAAAAGUCGAAAAAACUAUCACGAGCAACCGAACGACAUCAAUAUCAACGAUCAUAGUUAUAUCUUUGGUAAACUCAUCCCAAUUUCACAUCUUCUACUCCUACUCCUACUGAUAUCUGAUUACAAAUAGUCGAUUGUCGGAUGCUUAGCCUGCAUUGGUGUCCAAGUUCUUGCUCACAAAAGGAAAAAGGAUGCCAGGAAUCGUGCGCAGCAAGUUGUCCUUGCAGCAGCCAUCUUUGACAAGGACGACAGAAUUUUAGUAACCCCAAAUGGUCUUUUGCCUACCAAAAAAAUAACACAGCAGUUUCUCGAACGGGUAAUCUCGGGGCACCGUUAUCUUGAAAGUAUCAAGGGUUGA